AUGGAGGAGGUUAAUACCUCGGACAAUUUUAAAACAACGACUUUUACGAAUCCAAGGACACAGAGAGAUGAGAAACCUUUGCAGAGAGAAACGUUUACUAACGAGGCAUCGUUACACGGGAAUGUCUCUGAAUAUUGCUGUGAGAUUUGUAGGAAGACAUUCGGUUCAGAGCGUGAAGUCUUCGCGCACAAAGAAAUACACGACAGGAAAAAACCUUUUCACUGUGGAAUCUGUGGGAAACAUUAUGCAUUUAAGAGUAGUUUAACGAUCCAUAAACUAAUCCACACCGGAGACAAACAGUUCCCUUGUGAAGUGUGUGGGAAAUAUUUUGCCUACAAAAGUAAUUUAACGAAACACAAAAGAAUACACACCGGAGAAAAGCUGUUUCGUUGUGAAAUCUGUGAGAAAUCUUUCGUGAAUGUUUCUCAUCUUGAAGUUCAUAAAAGAGUACACACUGGAGAAAAACCUUAUCAUUGUGAAAUAUGUGGACAAUCAUUCGCCUUUGAUAAAGGCCUUACAGCUCACAAACGAAUACAUACUGGGGAGAAACCGUUUCGUUGUGAAAUGUGUGGGAAAACUUUUGGUGAUAAUUGGGGCCUUGUUAUCCACGUUCGUCGUCACACUGGUGAAAAACCUUACCACUGUGAAAUAUGCGGAAAAUAUUUUAUCACUAAUUAUAUUUUAACAACGCACAAAAGGACACACACUGGAGAGAAAUCAUGCCAGUGUGAAGUAUGUGGACAGUCUUUCUAUAAUAAUACGGCUCUUAUUCUCCAUGUACGUAGUCACACCGGAGAAAGACCUUACCAUUGUGAAAUAUGUGGGAAACGUUUUAUCACAAACGGUAAUUUAACAAUACACAAAAAAAUACACACCAGAGAAAAAUCACAUCAAUGUGGAAUGUGUGGAGAAUCAUUUGGUAGUAAUUAUCAUCUUGAAGCUCACAAAAGAAUACUACAUGGAGAAGGAAUACGGUAUCGUUGUGAAAUAUGUGAAAGGAUUUUUAGAUCUAACACAAAUGUCAAUUUAGCAAGGAAAUUCUUUGACAAUCUUUUUGGUUCUUUUGACUAUAUGGCAUAA